AUGCCCGCCCUCUCCACAGCGAACCACACCCUCUCCACGGCGAACCACACCCUCUCCACGGCGAACCACACCCUCUCCACAGCGAACCACACACACCCCCCAACCGCCCACCAGACCUCAGAGCACCCCCUCGACUCUCCAACCGCCCAGCCAACGAGGCGGUACUACGCGCGCGUCCCAACGGACACGCACGCCGACGCGGCUGAGUUCGUGUUCCGCCACACCGCGCCCGACCGCGUCAAGGCCGAGCCGACGGUUUUGGAUCGCGUCAAGGCUGUGCUUGGGUUGCGGCGGCGGCGCUGA